AUGGCAACAUUGAACUUUGCUUUGAAAAACAAUACCGGUUCUAACACGGUCUAUGCCUACAUUACCGGCCAAGCGCUUGAUAAUAACAAUGCGCUUUUCCUCUUGCGAUCGGAUGGCAAGACAGCUUACUACCCGACCUCACCUCCGGCGACUGGGGCCAGGCUGGGUGAGGAUUGUGCAAUCCCGCUAGGUGCAUCUGGCAGUACCACCACUAUCACCAUUCCGCACCUCGCAGGCGCACGAUUGUGGUUUUCCCAAGACAGCAAAUUGACAUUCUUGCUGAAUCCCGGCCCUGCCCUUGUUGAGCCUUCGGUAUCCAACCCUUCAGACCCUAACUAUAAUCUGAUAUGGUCCUUCUGCGAAUUCACCUGGAAUAACUACCAGCUUUAUGCGAAUCUCAGCUACGUCGAUUUCGUGUCGAUGCCCAUCGCCAUGACCCUAACCAACGGAGCUGGUGCGACCCAGACCGUUAAGGGUCUGCCACCCAAUGGUCUGGACCUAGUCUGCAAUGCUCUGAAAGAACAGAACAACAAAGAUAAAGCCGGCUGGGACCAGCUCGUAAUCCAGCGAAACGGGGUCAAUUUGCGGGCCGUUUCUCCCAACACGGGAAGAACCCUCAAGAAUUCUUUGUUCAACAAUUACUACGAGGGUUACGUGAAUGAAGUCUGGUCUCACUACGCAAAUAGCACCAACAAUACUUUGACCGUCAACACGCAGGCUGAUGCUGGUGAUACCACCGCCAAAGUUGCCUCCGAUAUCUUGUCCUUCUCAGUUCCAGGUAUUACUUACACCAAGCCGUCUACUGGAGAUAUCUUCAGCAACAGUACUGGAUCCUUUGCUGUUUCUGGGAACGGCACCAAAGACGCCAUUACAGCUCGUCUCGCGGCUGCUUUCAAUCGAUCAACCUUGUUGAUUAAUAGCAACCAGCCGAACGGAGAGUCAGUUUCCAACUACUACAAGAACUCGGUAACGAACCACUACUCGCGCAUCUGUCAUUCUGUAAACCUUGAUGCUCGGGGCUAUGCAUUCCCCUAUGAUGAUGUUGCGCCUAACAAUGGCCCCGAUCAGUCUGGUAGUGUUUUUGAUGGCAAUCCAAAGCUCUUAACAGUCACUAUUGGCGGCGGCCGUAGUAACUCUGCGAAGGAGUCUGUCGUCGAGGACGAUGCUACGCCAGUCCAACAGCCUGUGGAGAAUGAACUAAGCAAGGAGGAUGGAAAGAAGCCGAGCCGCUUCCGUGAGCUGAGGAGCUUUGUGGAUAGGCUGUCGCACAGGAAGAGCAACACUUGA